CUGUGUUGAAUCAGAUGAGAGAACGCCAACAGAACAUUCACCGUCCGAAGGCAAGACGAUAUUCGAGCCGACGAAGACGGAAACCUUCCUAUGUACCGAUAUAUGCGGAUACGAACUCCAAUAUGCCGACUGAGGUUAUUAAUCCCGAUUGUGAUUCGGGUUAUUCGCGAGAAAUUGACUCGUGCCCAAUGCCACCGUGCCUGUCAUCCGCCCAAAUCGUUUCCCGGGGACUCCAGUUUGACGAUAUUGAAAUUAACAACCUGAUAGGUAGUGGUGGGUUCGGAGCGGUGUAUGAGGGGUGCUAUGGUGGGCGAAGGGUGGCUGUGAAGAGAAUCAAUAUUUUUAACAAAAACAAGAGAGCUGCUGUUGAGAGUUUUAAAGCGGAACUGGCAGCUUUGAGGCUGAAACAUACAAAUAUUGUGCGAACCAUACUGGCGAGCGCCGGUGAUAAUUUCUCCGAUUGUGCCAUCAUAGUUAUGGAGUACGCCGGUGAUCUGAACCUACAACAAGUGAUUAACGACAGCCGGGACCCUUUACCACGGGAGAGGAGAAUAACUUAUUCCUUGGAUAUUGCCAACGCGUUAUUUUAUACACAUGAUAAUGGAAUUGCGCAUCUCGAUGUGAAGCCGGCGAAUGUGAUUAUAACGCCCGAUGACAGAUGUAAGCUCGCCGAUUUUGGUUGCUGUCAGACGGUACAGGACGAGAUCGACGAGGGCCAUGUCAGUCCCACUCAAAGAUCCUAUCUAACAGGUACGUUUGCUUACAGAGCCCCCGAGUUGUUACGAGGGGAUGUCCCCACUACCAAAGCUGACAUCUACUCUUACGGAGUCACCCUUUGGCAGAUGUUGACACGGGAACAGCCCUUCGCCGGUGAAAAUCAACAUGUGGUCAUCUUCGGCGUGGUAGCAUAUCACCUGCGUCCGAGUUUUACAACCACAGUAUUGAACAACAUGGACGAGGCCUGGUACGUUGACGCUAUUAUGCAGUGUUGGUCACCAAAACCAGAACAGAGACCGACCGCUACAAAACUGCUUGAGAAACUCUCCUCAAAAACUCUAUUCAAAUGGUAGUUGGAAAGUGACUCUCCAUAUCACGUGGAUGGGUUGCAAUGCCGAUGUUCAUUAGUUUAAAACGUUGAACACAAUACCAUUAUUUUUGUACGAAACAUCGCCAAUCAUUUGGCCCGAACUUUGCAUUAAGGCGCGCACACCUUUGUGUUUUUAAAAAAGAAAGAAAAUCCAAUACUUGUAUUUAAAAAAAAGCGGAACGCAUUGAAAUGUCGUGACUCCACGUUUGAAAGCGUUAAUAAUAGAAAUAAUACAAAUAUCGAUUUGACUGUUUGAGAGUGUUACAUGGAGCUCUUGACACUGCCAUUGUCGAAUAACACACCAAUUAAAUUCCACCAAUAUGCGGAGGGAAUGACCAAAGAAGUCGAGAAAUUUAACCAUUUUUGGUAUAUAGCUUUAAAAACUGGUCUUAUUAAUGUCGUUUUUCUAUUUUUAUUAUUUUCCAAUUUGGAUAGUUAUUAUUUUUCAAUAUUUUAAUAGUCGUCCUAUCGUACCUGUGUUGUAUUUUAAUGUAAUGUAAUGUAUUGUAUUGUAUUGUAAUGUGAUGUGGUUACAUUUUUUCAAAAUCGUUUUUUUUUUUCGUUGGAGGUUUGAUAGUUUUCUAUAUUUAAACUCGUACCAUCAUAUUUGCCUACGUGAUCAAGAUGGUAUUUAUGACACACAUUCUUUCACUGAAUAACAAUGUCAUGAGAAUAAUGUAUAUUUUGUACAAUUUGCAUAUGUAUAUUUCACUGAAAUUCUUGUAGAUACUAUUCACAGAUUCUGUACGAUAUUUACCGCUGCCUAACAUUUCGUCUAACAAGUCUUCCAGGGACCCCCGGUCUGCGCAUGCGCGUUUGUAUAUUUGUAAAAAUAUAUAUAUAUAUAUAUUGCACACGGUUAAGAGAGUGACUUUAACUAAGUGUACAGAUCUAAUGUAAAAUCAUUGUACUUAUUUUCUAUAUUACCUUUUGUAUAAUUUGCUACAG